AUGACUUUCAUUUCAAUAUGUAUUAAAACUUUUUUCAAAUAUUACGACCAAUUGGUGGCAUUGGAGUCGAAGUGUCCGCACAUAGAGGUGUCGUUCCGAUGGAAUGAUGCCUUCGGGAAGAGCGGCUCCUUCUUCUACACCUCCAACACUAUCACCAUUUCGAGCAUCGCUUACGAGAAGGUCUGCAUUCUCUUCAAUAUCGCCGCUCUUCAGAGCCAUUUGGGAACAACUCAUGUGAGCGAAGGUCUCAAUAAUGACAGCGCUUUGAAGCUGUCGGCGAAGUACUUCUCGUCGGCCGCCGGAGUGUUUCAGGCACUGAAACAUACGGCCAGUUCUGCGGUCGGUUCCCACGACUUGUCGUCCGAUAUGCAGAACGAAGUGUUGAAUAUUUUGCAGAAUUUAAUGUUAGCUCAAAGUCAGGAGACAUUCUUCCUGAAGGCCACCAACGAUAACAUGAAGGAACCCAUUAUAGCGAAGAUCGCCUCCCAGUGCGAGGAGUACUACGCGGAUGUGUUGAGACAACUGCAGGUCAUCAAGUCAUACCUCGACAAGGAGUGGCUCACUAUCGUGAGUGUCAAACAGGCGGCCUUUCACGGCAUCGCUGAGUACUUCCAGUCCAUUGCCUGCCAUCAGAACAAAGACUUCGGCGAACAGAUCACUCGUUUGCAGAAAGCCGUCGAUUGUUUCAAAGGCGCUGAAAGUCGCGGAACUCUGAGUUUCAGUCAGACUUUCAAAGAGUAUUUGAAUAAAGCGAACGUUGCUUUGGAAGAAGCGAAGAAAGACAAUGACUUCAUAUAUCACGCAAAAGUACCCGAAUAUAAAUCGCUGCAAAGCUUUGGAAGGGCACAGUUGGCCAAACCCAUAGCCGUUCCCGAGAGGUUCUUCCCUAACAGCACCGAUAUGUUCGAGAAACUCUUGCCUCUGGGCGUCCAACAGGCGGUCCAAAAAUUAGAGCUCAAGAAGCAAGAGAUCGUUAACUCAGAGGUGGCGUCACUCCGAGAAUUGACUCAAACACUGAAUGCAGUUCUCGUGUCUCUGAACCUCCCGGCGGCCAUCGAGGACUCGUCCGGACACGAAGUGCCCAAAUCACUCAUCGAUAAGUCCAAUGCAGUCAAAGCCAAAGGAGGCGUUGAUGUCAUUCAAAGACUGAUCAAUGAAUUGCCAGAACUCCUGCAGAGGAAUAAAGAGAUUUUAGACGAAAAUGAAAGAGCGCUCAACACUGAAGAGGAGUCUGACGACAGCCUAAGGGCUCAGUUCAAAGAACGUUGGAAUCGGACGCCUUCCAGCAAAUUGAACCACAACUGGAAGGAACACAUCUCGAAGUAUAGGAGUAUUCUUCAUAACGCCAUCGAAGCAGAUAAUAAAGUGAAGACCAAAUUCGCGACUCAUUUCCAGAAAAUGCAAUUACUGUCGACUGCCACUCCCUCUGCUUUAGCCGCUGCCAUCCCUUCGGGUGCGAGCGGCGGCUCAUCCCAUCAGAACAGUCCAGUUGUGUCUCAACUGAGAAGUUUGAUGUCAAAUGUUGAGGCGCUUAAGAAUGAGAGGGAAGUGAUUGAGUCUGAGCUUAAGAAUAUGACAUUCAAUGACAUGAAAAAUAAAUUCCUGUCCGCACUCGUGAAGGACGGAGCCAUCAAUGAAUUGGCUCUGAGUACCGAAGCGUUGGGCGAAGUGUAUGGACCGCUUCAGAAGCAGAUCCGCGACAGUAAAGAAAGACAGGAGAGACUCAUUGAAGACAUUCAACGCUCGAACACAGAGUUCCUUAAACUGAAGGGAAAUGCUUCGUCCGGUAGUAACGAAAGGGAGACUUUUCUGACUGAGUUGGCGGCCGCUCACGACGCCUAUCAGGAGCUGCUCUCCAAUCUGGAAGAGGGCACCAAAUUCUACAACGAUUUGACACAACUGUUGGUUAAUCUGCAGAACAAAAUCGAAGACUUCUGUUUCGCUCGAAAAGCAGAGCGCGAAGAGCUCUGCAAAGACUUGCAAAACGAAAUCGUGUCGCGUUCUAACCCACCGCCCCCUUCCACCCCCGCCUACCACACCGACGAGCAACCCAAGCCUCCCAGACCUCCGCCACCAACAGCUCCACAACCUAUGACUAGCGGUCCCACUGUUCAGCCACAGGUCUACCCCUUCAGUCAACCGCAACCACAGCCACAACCGUACGCCGCAAACCCAUAUCAACCGCAGCAAUAUUAUUACCCCCCGCCUCCCCUC